AGAUGUUUGUUUUUCUAAAAGGACUAUUAACUUUUUUUUUUUUUUUUUUUUUUGAAGGGGAAGGACUAUUAACUUCAUUUUUCUGCAAUUUUUUGUCUUUCCUCGUUUCAUCGUUUCGCUUCUCACUUUCGUUUGAUCUGAUCGGAAAAUGGACGAGAUCGAACUGAAGACUGCUCCAGCUGAUUUUCGAUUUCCUACAACAAAUCAAACUCGACACUGUUUCACCAGAUAUAUUGAAUUCCACAGGUGCACAGCAGCUAAGGGUGAAGAGUCCGAUGCUUGUGAAAAGUUUGCCAGAUUCUAUCGUGCACUUUGUCCUGGUGAAUGGGUUGAUCGCUGGAAUGAGCAGAGGGAGAAUGGGACUUUUCCUGGGCCUCUGUAAUCACCAAAUGCUUGAUAAAGAUCAAUCUUUCGGCACUUGGAAACUUUAAAUUGCUCUUGAUUUCCUUCAAAUAUUCACUUUUUUUUUUCCAAACCCGGCUGGAUUGAUAAAAUUUCCAUUGAAAUACUCGAAUUUAAUCCUCAUUGCUGUCCACAUAAUGUGUGACUAACUUCAUUGUUAGUUUCAGAUAAUGGUUAUCUUUAAUUGCGUUGCUUGUGUAUUGAUUUGUUCAAUUGUCAACCUGAGCUCAUAGGUUGAUCCAACUUUGGCCCAAAACUUCUAAGAAAGUUUUUCUUUUGGCUCAUAGGGAGUAUAUUUCCACGCUUGGAGUAUUUUCACAUCUUUAUUAACUUCGUAGAACUAGUCUUUUAGUUAAAGAUUGGUGAAAGAAGUGUAAAUUCGUACAUAGUAUAAACGUGUUAAUAACUGCCUCAUGUAGCCGUUGCAUUUUGCCUCCA